AAUUCCUUCUGGAGAUGUCUCAAUAAUUCAGCCUCUGAUAUCUGGCAGCAAGACACAGAAUGGCCAGGCCAUUGGUGCUGCCCCAAUGCUAUCUCAGGACAUUGCCGUGUUGCUUGUUCACAGGCACAUUCUUUCUCUGAGGUAGCAGCAGCAUGUACCCAUUCUGAAGAGGGAGAUCUGUUUGGCUGUUUGGACAGAUAUGAAAGGCGUGAAUCUUGCUGCAGCUUGGCUCACGAAGGUACCCAGUGUCGGAAUAAAUGCGAGGACGUCUUUGACUCGCCCCUCCCGACGGAUAACAUGGGGCUGGACAUAGAGAUCUACUGUUCCGAUGAGCGCAUCAAGCAAUGUGUUUAUAAUUAUACCAACAUCAUGGCCCCAAGACAUAACCCCAGAGAUAGUUUACACUGUUGUGAGCGUUCCACGAGACCUAGAUGCCGGGAGGUCUGUCGUCGGACAUUAACAAACCUGACAUCAGAGGGCGCUAUAAUGAAUGCCUUGGAAGAGGGAUGCGAUCAACCUGUGCCCAACGAUGCAAUGUGGAGGUGUUUUCUUCUUGUAUCAGCUGGCAACGAGAUCAGUCAUCCUGAAAUAGGCCCCACCAACCCUGGUGCUCUAGAUGGGGCCAAUCUUCAGUGCUGUCUGAGGGCUAUCAGCUCACGAUGCAGGGAUAUCUGUGUCAAGCUCUACACCCCAUCAUUGUCCAACAGGGACACGUGGAAUGAGUUUGACGAGCAUUGCCGAUAUCAGCCAGCUGAGGAAGCACUUCUUACCUGUUUAGCAGAUGUUGAAGAACCAUGCAAGGCCGGGUGCAGUGGACUGGAUUAUUGUGCACACUUCAAUAACAGACCUACAGAUCUUUUCCGGAGCUGUUCAAUCCGCUCCGAUGAGGGCGCUGCCUACGACAUGCAGCUUUGGAGCGAGGGCCUGAUUCGAAUGCCAUUCAUGAACAUUCCCGUGCUCAACAUUGCAGAGUGUGAGUCCGACAUGUGGAAGACCAUAGCAUGCACGCUGCAGGUCAAGCCGUGUCAUCGUAAAACCCACACCAAUAUGAUCUGCAAAUCUGACUGCAUCCACAUACUCAGCAAGUGCAUUGACCACACCCGCUUGGCUAAGGGCGUUGACCCGGUGGGAUUAUGCAACAUCUUGUCCCCGUUUGAUGACAACGCCCCCUGUGUGUCCCUGAACCCCUUCCUGGACCCCAGCCAGCACCACGCCUCUUACCUGGACAUCACCACGCCCUGCCAGUCGGACCCCUGUAAUAACGAUACGGAGGUGGCGAAUGGGGUGUGCUCGGUGAAUAGGAAGAUGUGUGGCCAUCGGGAGGUUUGCCAACAUCAUACAUGCAACAGAGGUUGUCGUCUUGGAGAGGCAUCCUCCUUCCUCGUUCCCAUCGGUAGCUACGUGCGUCUCCCAGACUCGGGGGAGAAUCUAGACUGCUACCAGUCGUGCGUGUGUGGACCCACCGGCCAGCUUGAACACUGCCAACCUCUGCAGUGCGAACGCAGCGAGAUGUGCCUCAUCAGCGGCCAGAUGAAAGAACACGCCAGUCACUUCCACAUUGACUGCAAUCUGUGUGUGUGUUUCGGCGGCAAUGAGAUCUGCUCCAAACGACAGUGCUUGACCUCCGAGAUGACCUCUGAAGAGAGGAGGCGUUAUACCGGCCUGCCCUGCGACUGCACCGAUCAGUUUGUUCCAGUCUGCGCCAAAAAUGGCAAGACGUACCCUAGUGCUUGCAUCGCCAAAUGCGUUGGGAACUUCAACGAUGAGCAGCUUGAAAUAGGAACGUGUGCAUUGAAUUCACCCUGUCAAUCAAAUCCGUGUAACCUAGGUUACAGAUGUGUUCCUAAGCGGAGAGUAUGCCUCAGCGUGAAUUUUGCCGACUGUCCUCAAUAUGACUGCAUUAUUACAACGGACGAUUGUGACCUGGAUACGUAUGCUCCAGUAUGCGACACCAACCAUAGAACGCAUCCUAACAUGUGUACCCUGCACAGCCUCGGAGGAGAGCUGGCCUACCGAGGGCGCUGUCAGAUGGACUGUCAUAGCUCGAUAAGUCAGCAGGUCUGCGGUCACAACGGAGAGACCUACUCCAGUGAAUGCGAGGCAUGGAGUGACAGGACUACAGUAGACUACUACGGUCCCUGUCAGGCUGUGGGUACGCUCACAGGGGAGGAAGAUAUAGAGAUACAAUGCACGACGGUAGACUGCCCAGAAGUUACUGCGCCUGAUAUAUGUGUAGCAGUGACACCCCCAGGCAGCUGCUGCCCAAUUUGUGCCGGUCAAGUUCGUAUCUUAUUCAGCGAGGGUGAGGUAGACAGGGUCGUCACAGCUUCAGGGAGUCGAGGUUUAUCGUUGGACUCGAUACUAGACGGGUUACGCAGAGAGGUGGCAGUGGCCGAGUGUGACCUCUUCGGAUAUCUGAGCAUAGAGGGCGAUAUUAUAGUCUUGAUCAAACCUAUUGUGAUGAAUCCUACAAUUAUUCAGAUAAAAGCUUGCAAUACAGAAGCAGAGAAGAUAGAAGCCCUCAUAAACAACAGAAGUCCCGUUAUAUCAGCAUACCUCCACCUAAGUCCAUUAUUAGCAGCAGCUUCAAGAAACCCCCAAGUACUAGAGCCCAACUCGGCGCCUUCAGUACAUCAACUUUCAACGUUUUGUAGCUUAAUUAUAGUCUUAAGAACAAUUCACGAGCUCUUAUACAGAGUCCUAAGGUAGCAGUAAGAAGAAUACUUAACAUAGAACUUUUAUCUUUCCAAAGAAACAUGCUAUUUAAAAGAGAUUUUAACUUCAUAUUUUAUAUAUGCAAAUCUUCAGAAGUGUACAUAUGAGUUUAUAUGAAUACUGUAAAUUAAGAAUAUUGUAUUUAUCUUUUUAUGUCUAUCUCAGCAUUUUUCCUAAUGCUUGAAUCAAUGUAUUUGUACUGUCGGCUGAAGAAAUGUACUGAAUGUUUGUUGUUUGUCCUGUCAGAGUGUCUUUAAAAUGUUUUUUCUUUUUUCUGAGCUGCUCAAUUUUAUUUUAACUUUUUAAUUUUAACUCUGUAUCUGGUGUAGUCAAGUAAUGGCACAAACUCUCAACUGCCAAAGUUGACUUUGUGACAAGUACAGAGUGCAGUUCCGGGUUUGAUCCCUUGCAAAUAGCGUGUUAAGGAAAAGGGGGAGGGGGGUUGUUUGAAGUAAUCAGUUUGCUGUUAUUUUUAAAAGCUAUACGUCUUUUUCUUCUUAACUUACAGUUCUUAAAGGCGUUUACUGUAGAUCCAUUGUCUUGUUUUGUUAGGAUAAUUCAUACUAUCUUUUUCAUACAAAAUAUUACAGUUCAUAAUAAUUAUUGUAAAUCAGACAACAGUAUCACUAGAGGACAUAUAUCCUUCAUAUUCUUUUUUUUCCCCUUUUAUUUUGCUUUUCACUUUGCUUUGUGAAAAGAUAUGGUGCAAGUAUGAGUAAAUGGAUAGCUUGUUUAGGCCUGAAUCUCAAAUUGGGUCAUUUUUCAAAUGAAAGUUAAAAAAAAACACAAACAACUUUUUUUUCACUUGAUUUAUAAUACUUUAAGUAAAAUCAAAUGUUUGAGCCUUUGAGGGCCAUACUUUGUUUGUAGCAUCAUUUCCGGCGUGAAAUAUAAUUUCUUUUCCUAUUGAUGUGUUUUUCAUUCUCAGUGGUUUAAAAAUGAUAAUUCUGCUAUUUUAAUAAUAUGAUGUUAUGUAUUGUGUUUGAAAUAGUGAGUUCAUUCUAGUAGAGCAGUCUACAACUCAUCAUGUUUAUUGUUAACUAUUUAAUUGUUUUAUCUUCCUUCUUAUAUUUGUUAUGUUGUCAAAGUUUGCAUUUGUAAUUUAUUCUUGUUUUGAAAAUAGAUAGACGCAGUAGGAGUGUUAUACUGAAAUCUUGUAUCAUUGCAAUCAUAGGAGUUAUAUUCAUUUAUGAUGCUAGAAAUAAAAGUUGCUUUAAUUCAUA